AGCACAGAGAACACCACUGAAAAUUUUGUUUUUGUUGAUUCCUUUAGGCAAAGGAUCGCUCUACYGCGUUUCAUUUGGCAUGUGAGCAAGGUUCUGUAGAGAUUGCUAAGCUGUUAUUACAACAUGACCCUGGUAUUGCAAGAAUAUUUUUGAUUGAUACWAACGGCGCCACGCCGCUUCAUAACGCCGCUAAGAACAACAGUCACGCUUUGAUGGAGCUACUCUUGGAACACGGUGCUAAUGUUAAUGCAAAGGAUGGCAAUAAUGUAACCCCCAUAAUGCUAGCAGCAAGUUUUGGUGCUACAGAUACAGUACAGCUAUUACUGGAAAAGGGAGCAGAUCCAACAAUCAAGAACAUUGAUGGCARAUCAGUCAUAUUUAAUGCUGUUGGACAUAGUGACAUCAUGAAAAUACUUUUAACGGAUGGUGAGAAUAGUGAGAAUCUAAUUACGUUACUUACGGAAAAUGAUGCCACUGGAUUUGCUCCUCCGCAUUACGCAGCAAAGCAUGGAGAUUUGAAAAGUAUGCAGUUAUUUCUUGAAUGCAACAAAGCAACAGCAGCAGUUARCUCAGACUCGUUAGACACUCCGUUACACGUGGCUGCUAGGCAUGGGAAACAGCAGGUUGUCAAUUUACUAUUAGAAAAGCARGCUACKAAGAUCAUUAACCUACAAGACACUCGAGGAAGGACWGCACUGCACUAUGCGGCCGGUGGAGGCUAUCACAGAGUUGCAGCCAAACUUCUUUCAUGUGGAGCAUCCAUUGAAAAGGAUCAAAAUGAUCGCACUGCGUUACACGAAGCAGCAAGAACCGGCUCAAAAAGGACCGUUGAACUUAUAGUAAAUGCAAGAAGUCACUGCUUAAAUUUUGUAGAUGAUGAAAAAAAUACAGCUUUACAUCUGGCAGCGAUGUACGAACAUGCUGAACUUGUGACAUUCCUUCUAAGUCAAUCAACACAGAAGGUUCUUUUGAAUUCUUCAAACAAAACUAUUCUGACAACUGCUUUGGAAACAAAUAAUCAUGAAGUCACAGAAGCUAUUGUAGAGCAUAGCAGGUAUAUGAUAUUUGCUAUACACCCUUUUAAUAAGUCCCGAGAUCAAAUACGACUUGAGUCUAAUACUUGGUAA